UCACAAAUGUUCAAACAUGUUCGAGUCGGACACCGCAGCGAUCCUUCCUGAAGAUCUGCUGAGCGCCACAUCUACGGACGAACAAAAAACCACCGACUGUCGUGGCGGCAGAGAGGAGUCCGGCACACCGACUACCUGCCGCCUGCGGCCGCCGUUUGCGUGUCCGUGGAAACCCGUGUUGUUCCUGUCCAUGUUUGCGUUAACCCUACAGGACCCUCUGACUACUCAGUAUCUGUGGCACCGGAUCAGUGAAGAUCUGGGUUACAACAAGUCCCAUAAGAGUGCAGCGUGCAGAAACAGCUCGACCCCUGCAGACCCUCUGCUGAAGGAGGUGGAAACUUUGACAGCACAUUGGAGCCUUUACAUAAAUCUGGCUGGAUUUUCAAUAGGUUUUCUUGUGGUUCCUCUCCUGAGCUCCUGGAGCGACCUUGCAGGUCGUAGGCCAGUCCUCAUCAUCCCCAAUAUAGGCUUGGCUCUCCAGACAGGGGUGAACCUGGUGGUGAUGUACCUGAAGCUGCCUGUUGCCUACUUCUUAAUUGGCAGGCUGCUCAGUGGGCUUUUAGGUGAUUGCGCUGCUGUCUUGGCAGGAUGCUUCUCAUAUGUGGCUGAUGUCACUGACCAAAAGUCCCGCAUCUUCAGAUUGGCAGUGUUGGAGGCCUGUCUGGGCCUGUCAAGGAUGCUGGCUGGCAUCAUUGGAGGGUACUGGCGGCAGGCGCAAUGGUACAUCAACCCAUUCUGGCUGGUCAUGGCCACCCACUCAGCUGCAGCUAUGUAUGCUUACCUGUUUGUUCCUGAGUCCAUCCAAGAAAACCCAUCUGCCAAGUUCUUCACUACUCGCCACUACAAAGCUGUCUGGCUCCUCUACACUAAAAGGGGCGGUGCUAGUGAAACCAGUGGAAGAUAUCAUCAGUUCAAAUUGUGGCUUUACAUGCUUUGCUUCUUUGUGGUGUUGACCGUUCACUUUGACUGUCGGGAUCUGUACGUGCUGUACGAGCUGAGCUCACCGCUGUGCUGGGGGCCGGACCUCACUGGCUGUGGCUCAGCAGUUCUGUACAUGACCUACCUGAGCAGUCUGCUUGGACUGAAGUUCAUGCAGAGCUUCCUGCAGGAUGCCUGGUUGGCUCUUGUGGGUCUGGCCUCCAAGAUCACCGGACUGAUGGUCUCCUUCGCUGACACAACCCAGCUGAUGUUCACAGGACACGGGUUAUGUUUCCUCUUCAUGGUUGCACCACCUGUGCUCAGGUCACAACUGUCCAAGUUGGUCAGCCCAUCAGAACAAGGUGGCCUGUUUGCCUCUGUGACCUGUGUGGAUAACCUGUCUUUUGUGAUGACCAGCGCCAUCUUCAGCUCACUCUAUCCAGCCACACUGCUCUUCAUGAAGGGCUUCUCCUUCCUGUUUGCCGCCGUCGUCCUCGUCAUCCCCGCCGGAAUCAUUGGCACUCUACAAUGCAUAGACCGGAGGAGAGAACAGAGGCUCCGCAGCAACCCGACCUAAAGACAAAGGAGAAGCAGGAGCCCAUCAGAGAAUGAAGGUUGAUCCAGGAGAGAAUUUUGGAGGCUGUAGUACCCAGACUCUAGAAUGCCUUCUCCCAAACCCUAAGGUUUGCUGAAUCAGUUCACUCAUUUGCGAAGCUGAAGCAGCUGAAGACACGUGGAUUCAGACAGGUGUUGGGUUAACGUGUUUUAGUAUGUAGCUCUUGUAUUCAUGUAAUGUAUUGUGUUUUACCUGUCCUUUUAUUUUUUCUACAGAGCUUUAUAUGUAUUAAUUUAGUAUUUAUCAGUUUAGUAUUUAUCUCUCUGGAUUUCUUGUAAAGCACUUUGUGAUGUCCAACUGUGAAAAAUGCUACACAAAUAAAUUUUACUUACUGAGUAACAAGCAACAGGGGCCUGUUGGGUUACUGUAACUCUGAUUAGCAAAAAAGAUUUUAAUGUUCGGUCUUUGUGCAUGUUAAAAGAUGACAGUAUGGACCCAAAAAAGGAGGCUCGCUGGUCCUCAUCUGUGUCUGUCACAAUCCAAAAUUUCAGAGCUGAAUAUGAAGUAGUUUUGCCAUUAUUCAUGGAAAGUUUACGAACCCAUUCACGCACACCAUUAUGCUGCAUUCACAUGUUGACUGUAGAAAAACUGUAAUUCAUGCUGUUAUAGCAGAAUUACUGUUGUCUGCAGUGGCAGAUGAUGAUGUGAGAUGCACUAAUUUUUCUGGGUUAAGGA